AUGUCGAUAAGAAGAUAUUCUGGUAAUUCCCCUAGGAUCAAUGAUUAUGAUCUGCGCACAGUUGACGAAUCCCUUUAUUCCUUGAAAGAAGUCUACAAUACAAUAAAAUAUGAUUGGCCUCAAAUGCUUCGAGAAGAUGCCAAUCCAAUUGAAAUGGCAGUGGCAUUGUUAGAUGAUACUUCAGUUGGGUUAGCCCAUAGAUUACAAGAAUUCAACAUGUUGAAAGAGAGUUCCGAACAAGCUUUACGUAGUGUGGUGAACGAACAUUACGAUUUAUUCAACAAAAGUAUGGGAUCAUAUAAUACCUUACUAUCUACAAUGAAAAACUCUCAGGAAGACUCUUUGGAAAUCAAGAACUUUUUGGAAUACUCCAAUAAAGAAGUGCACGAUCGAUCAGCAGUGUUGGGUGAAUUGUCACUGGCUUCUGCCAAGUAUUCAGAGAUGAUUGAAGUAUUGGAUGCAAUGGCUGAAAUGAACGAAAUACCUGGGAAAAUUGAUCAAUUGGUCAUUGACAAAAAGAUACACGAGGUUUACGACGUGAUUUCCGAAGGAUACAAAACGGCAGAAAAAUAUAAUUUGUGGUCAUUACCGGCAAUGAAUGGGAUAAAAACAUAUCUUGAAGAACAGUCUAACAAACUAUUUGAUAUGAUUAUUGAUGAACUACAGAAUGAGAUCUAUUUAAAAUACAACAGAAACCCACAAGAAGGAGCCAUUGCAUGGCAGAAUAUUAUUCAUUCCAGUAAUCCACAAUUGACUUCCUUUGUGACUUUGUUAGAUCUGAAGAAUUUAGAACAAUUUAUUUUCAAUUCAGCAAAUUUGGAUAUAUCGGAAGUGGUCGAUUUUUUGACUUCUCCAGUGAAAAAUUUUAUAGUUAAUCAAUUGCCUGACCUCCAUGCUCAUAAUAGUAAGAAUGAUGGAGUCAUCGAUUACAAAAUCUUGUUAGACUCAACUCUGAAUCCAAACACAGAGUCAUUCUAUUACAUUUAUAUGCUUUUGCUUACAGCAUCCAAACUCAACAGGUUGAAUCAAGCAGUUGAAGUUUUACUUGACACUAAUCAACUGGAAUUGCAUGGUCUAAUUAACAGAACCACAGAGGCAGUUAAGCUGCGAAAUGGGCAUGCGUUAUCGAAGUUAUCUAAAAUGCAGCACCUUGAUCAUGGCUCAUUGUUUGACGUUAUUGUGCAUGGUUCAUUUAGUGAUUCGGCUGUUGUUCUUUUGCAAGACUUGUUUGGAUCAAUCUUUAUCAGGUGUUUGGCUACUUUCCAAAGACAUAAAGUAAUAACUCAAAUUGUGACAUUAUUGCAAGAAGGAAAAGCGCCGUCAACACCAAAGGCUGUUGCUGAAAGCACACCUACUUUUGAUAGUCCUCAAAUGGGGAGACCGGAUACUUUCCAUGCACGUAAUUUGUUUACAAUUUGGAAGACAAUCCAAAAGGAGUUGAAGGCAUUAAUGUUGAAUUACAUUUAUGACGACCACAAUUAUAAGUUACAUUCUUUGGCAGACACUACUGGUGCCACCAAUCGUAAUAAGAUUUCAAAUGCAUUAGGGAAAAAAGAGUUGUUCAAAUUUGAAGAUGUGACUUAUAACCCUUCUAAUAAAACAACAAAAGAAAUUCUUGAUGUUUUGGCCGAUGUGUUUCCCGGAUAUAGUAUUUCGGACGAUAAUAACAAUGGAGCUAUUAUAGAAACCGCUACUCCGUAUGUCAAACAUGAGUCAUUUAAUGCAACUGUUGAAGUGUUGGUUCCCAAGAAUUUGUUCAAUAUGAGAAUCAUUUUAGAAUUUUUUUUAAUUUUCAUUGAUGGGUCACAAAGAAUUUUUUUUGACUUUGAAGAUGAAAAAACCAGAGGUGUUCAUGCCAGAACAUCAUUUCAUUUCUUUGAGGAUUUUAUGAAAAUAUCCUUUUUGUCAUAUUUACGAAACACUAUUGAGUUCAAUUUUGGAGAACAAGUUGGUGGUGCUUAUUCUAUGAAAAUUGAACAAGCAAUGCCGGUUAAUUCAGGAUUAAAACUAGAUUUAAUAUCUUUAAGUCAAGAUUCAAAUUUCAAAAUUCUUGGUAAUGCAGUUAGCAAUGUUGAAUCCAAUUUGAUCAUUUAUGAAAAUGCAUAUAAUUUCAAAAAAAUGUUUCUUGAAUUGUGUUUAAUAUUAAACACUUCAUUGUCAUAUCGUGAGAAUUUCUCAGGGGCCGUCUUAAAGACGUUAGAGAAUUUUUCUAAUGAGUACAACAAGUUGUAUCAAGAGUUAUUGUCCACUGGUGAAGGUACAAACAUUGUGCGACCACCUCUGAGAGUAAGUAAAUGGAUGAAGAUACCUGUGUUAACUGAGAUCAGUGGUAAAAUUCUUCAACGUGGAGUACAAGGUGAAACUGCUAACGAAUUACAAGAACUAAUUGAAUCAGAAUCUAAAGUUGUUUUACAUGAUGAAACCGUGACACACCAAGAAGAUUUGUUAGAUCACGAGGCAUAUGCUCAGAUUGUGUAUUUGUUGUUAACUACCACCUGGAUACUUUCUUGGUUACCUUUGGUUAAAAAGGAAUCCAAUUAUAGCAUUUAUGAUGAUGAGCAAAACAAGACUAUCAAAGUUUCGACAGUGGACAAAUUAAGAUACAAUUGGUCUUUCUUAGAAAACGGAAGACAGGCAAUCAACUUUACCCCAGAUGGAACUGAUAUUGUACAAUAUAACAUUUACCUUGCCUUGAAUUCAGAAAAAAUUGGUGAGUUUAAUAAUAUUAUCCAUAACUUUGAAUCGAUUAGAGACAAAACCUUGUUGGCCUUGAGAUAUGAAUUGAGGUGUAAAGCAGUAUAUUUUGUCACUAUGUCUUUUAAACACGUUGAUUGGUGUCCUGUAACUGAACCAGGCGAUGCUGAUCAUUUUAUUGUCAAUUUGAAUCAAGAAAUAUUUGCCAUGGAUAAUAAGUUAUCUAAAACUGUUAGUGACAUUGAACGAGAAAGUAUAUUUCUUGGGUUUUCUCAAUUCCUUAAUGAUUUGAUAAUCACUAGAUCCAAAGCUGUGAGAAAGAUUAAUAGCAAUGGUAUUAAGAGAAUAUUGUUAAACAUUUCAACAGUACAACAAAUGUUAAGAAACUUAUCGUCUAAUCCAGAGACAAUUGAUUUCACAAAGGCAUCUGAAUAUUUUGAAAUGUUUACUAUGAAUGAAUUCAAUUUACUUAAAUUUAUCAAGAGCAAACGAGACAACUACACUAAAGACGCAUACCAUACAUUGGCAAGAUUGAUUUAUAGUGAAAAAUUGGCUGAUGGUAAUGGUUCACUGUUCAAUAAAGGGAAAUAUAAUGAUUUGAUUAAGAAAAUUGACGGAAUAUUUGAUUAG